AUGAGUGAUAUUUACGAUUAUGCCUAUAUGCAUGUUAUGCGCCAUCAAGCAACCGUCAACAAAUACACCUCAGCACCCAUAGAGGACACCGGUUUGGAAAAUGUGGUCAACACCGAAGAUUUUGCACCUCGAGACCUACAACUGUUUGUGGACAGCAUGGAGACCAUCAGCCGUCUGGAGCAGGCCAAGCAUGAGCGCCGUGAAAGACGUAAAAUUAAAAGCCAUCAAGAGUCCUUUGAAUAUUCCAAAAAGAUUAUCACCUGCUUGGAUUCUUCAGUGGUGGGCACAAUUAUUUCAACUGAUGAGGAUGACAAGAGCACCUACACCACCUCUGAAUCCGAUUAUAUCUAUGAUGAAACCUAUUUUGGCAUGCCUUUCCAGGGACAAAGUAACGCCACCUAUAGCAAUCUUACGGUGGACUCUUUGAAAUCCUUUUCCUCGGACUCGGAGGAAUCUGGUGUGUUCCUUAACAACACCCAGGAAGAUCAUUUGUAUGAGAACAUUGAUCCCAUAAGGCCCAGAUCACAUGUCAUCUCUCAUCCCAAAUGUAAAUCUCUCAAAUCACGUCUCAUCUCUAUGAUCAUGAAGAAGCAAUAUGCCCAACCGGAAGCCCCUAUUUCAGACAUGUUGUCCUCUACCACUUAUGGCGAGCAAACCGAAGAAGCUGAAAUCUAUGAUCGUGUCUUGGAUGAUGCUAUACACCAGCAGUUUGCCAAAAAUCCCAAGAAGGGCAAGAGGAAGUAUCGCUUGACAAAGAAACAAUCUGAAUCCGUGACUGCCGAAGAGAAGUUCCUGGAUAAAGCUAUGCGUUUCUUAACUUUAUGA